AUGAAACAUGUAAGGUUUGAUGGUUAAUAAAAUUCUCCAAGUGAAAUAGGAUUAUUCAGGUAAUGUGUGAGAUUCUAACCUAAAGAGAGAUCUCCUUAACCAAAUGAGGAUGACGCUAUGAUGUAUUCUAAACUUCGAAGAUUUGGAUUAGUUAAAGAUAAAGCACUAAAGUAUUGUUUGGCAGAUCAUUGUAAAAUUGAUGCUUCAUAAGGAAGACAUGGUCCUCCAAAUUAUAAAAUAUUUGAAACUUCUCUUGAUAGAUAAAAAAUUAUAAGAGGUUGGUAAAUGGUUGGAAAAUUGAAAGAGAGAAAUUUUGAAAAUUAUUAAAAAGCAAAAGGAGAUGAUGGAUUAAUGUAAUAUAGAAAUUAAGAAGAAUAGAAAAAAUUUGAAAGACUUAAAGAUUAUUUUAUAGGAUUAAGUAAUUCCAGUAAAUAAGUGAAGCUUCCAUAAUUUCAAAUGGGAAACGGAAAAGAUCAUUAUUUUGAAUUAGCAGAUUAUUAUGAAUAAAUAAAACCAUUAUCUAGAACAUUAAUAACUGAAACAGAAUCCUUUGAUGAUAUAAUUCCAAAAUAAUUUAGAGAAUAAUAUAGAAUCGAACCUAGAGUCUAAAGACCAGGUAUAAAAAGAACAGAUGAAGAGAAAGGAUUAAAAUAAAGAUUAAAAGCAUUGCAUGAGUUAAUUGAAACUUAUAGAGAAGCAAGAAGUCCAAAUGAUCCUUCAAUUGAAAUAGUAUUAUUAGGUAGCUAUGAAGAUGUUAGAUCAAUUUAAUCCAAGAGAAGAAAAACAUCGUUUAGAGCUGCCAAAUAUAUCCGAUUAAAAAGAAUUAAAAGAAUAAAAGGAAUUAUUAAAUAUUGAAGAAGGAAGUGCAAGUGCUAGAAGAAGAUUAAGUGCUUUAAGUUAUAGAUUUUCAAAAUUUUAACCAAAUGAAGAAUAAAGAAAAAAUUAAUAAUUUUAAGAAAAACUAGAUAAAGUAGUUACAAAAGUUAUAGGUAGAAUUAAUUGUAAAUUUGAUGGAACUUUAUUUGGAAGAGAUUUCUAAAAUUCAUGA